UCGCGGCCUCCAGUGGGACGGCGUGACCCCGCCCGGGCUCUCGGUGCUCCCGGGGCCGCGCGCCAUGGGCAGCCCCCGCUCCGCGCUGAGCUGCCUGCUGUUGCACUUGCUGGUUCUCUGCCUCCAAGCCCAGGUAAGGAGUGCUGCGCAGAAGCGGGGGCCGGGCGCGGGGGACCCAGCUGACACUCUCGGGCAGGGACACGAGGACCGACCCUUCGGCCAGCGCAGCAGGGCUGGAAAGAACUUUACAAAUCCAGCCCCAAACUACCCCGAGGAGGGAUCUAAGGAACAGAGAGACAGUGUCCUGCCUAAAGUCACCCAGCGACAUGUGAGGGAGCAGAGCCUGGUGACGGAUCAGCUCAGCCGCCGCCUUAUCCGGAUCUACCAGCUCUACAGCCGCACCAGCGGGAAGCACGUGCAGGUCCUGGCCAACAAGCGCAUCAACGCCAUGGCAGAAGACGGAGACCCCUUCGCCAAGCUUGUUGUGGAGACCGAUACUUUUGGAAGCAGAGUCCGAGUCCGCGGAGCAGAGACGGGUCUCUACAUCUGCAUGAACAAGAAGGGGAAGCUGAUUGCCAAGAGCAACGGCAACGGCAAGGACUGCGUGUUUACGGAGAUCGUGCUGGAGAACAACUACACGGCGCUGCAGAACGCCAAGUACGAGGGCUGGUACAUGGCCUUUACUCGCAAGGGCCGGCCCCGCAAGGGCUCCAAGACGCGCCAGCACCAGCGCGAGGUGCACUUCAUGAAGCGCCUGCCGCGGGGCCACCACACCACCGAGCAGAGCCUGCGCUUCGAGUUCCUCAACUACCCGCCCUUCACGCGCAGCCUGCGCGGCAGCCAGAGGACUUGGGCCCCGGAGCCCCGAUAGGCGCUCGCCCGGCUCCUCCCCGCCCGCGGAC